CUAAAUUGACACAUGGUUUUUCGGAUACUUGGAUCUUGUUGACCUAGAAAGUUUCUCGAGGUCAUAGUUCCCCGGCGGCGGAAAACGAAGGGCGCUCGCUCCGAUUGACAGGCGGCGACAAGGAUGAAUCCCUUCGAUUCCAGAUACGCCGAUCCAUAUUCUUACAGAGACAGAAGAAGCGACUUGCUCCAAGCACCUCCGCUCACUGCUACUCCAGUGAACCCUGCCGGUUUUCAUGGUGCGUUCUAUCCUCCUCGCAGUCAACCUUUCCCAGGCGGCGGUUCAUAUCCACCUUUUCAACCUCCCCAUAGUGGCGUCCUUGGAGGAGGACGGGGGAGAGAAGUUGAUUCUGGGAGGGGAGGUGGCAGAGGGCAUGAGUUUGGCGGCCGUGGCAGAGGGCGUGAAUUUGGGGGACGGGGCAGAGGGUCUGAGUUUGGGGGCCGGGGCAGAGGGUCUGAGUUUGGGGGCCGGGGCAGAGGUGGUGGCGGCGGCAGGGGCGUUGAGGUUUAUCGGCAGAGGGUCUGA